UUCCCUCCCCAGUUGCCGUCCUCGUCUUCCUCCUCGCUCCUCCUCCUCGUUUCCCUCCUUCACCUCCUUUAUCCUGUCGAAAUUCCCACUUUUUUCAUAUUCUUUCUUUUCUGUAUAAUUUCAAAUUUGUUCACUAUUUUGUUCAUCACCAAUUAUUUUCUCUGUCGGGCUGGAUUGGCAUUCAAUCUGAUAAUUACUUUUGGGAAAAUUAAUCGGUCUUGUUGGAAUUCCUCCGUCUCGACGAGAAAGAAGUUAAACCAUCAUCAAUAGGUUAUUUUCUAAUUAUUUCUCUCGAUCGAUCAUUGGGAAUAAAUUUUAUUCAAAAACCCUAGUUCUUAAUAAAUACCUUAAUUCUUCUUGUAUAUAUUUUUUUGUUGUUUAAUUCAUUCAUUCAGCUUUGUAUACAUUAGUUUGAUAACAAAAUUUACUAGGUUCCAAGAAACUCAGUGAGAUUUUGGUGCGUUGUUUUUGGUUGGCAUCCAAAAAUUGAGAGUCUGCUUGUUGAAUCUGAUUUUGUAGCUUAAUUUUUUUAAUUUUUUGUUGUUAAAAAACGUUAUUUUUUUGGUCAUUAAAACAUAUUAUAUACACCAAAAAAAAUAAAAAUUAUAUACACCAAAAAAAAAAAACUAUAGGAAAAGAAAAGAAAAGAAAAGAAAAAGAAAGAAUUUUGACUUUUUAAGAUUAUUUUCCCUGUACUUUUCGUUUAAUUUUGUUUCUUUGAGUUCAUCCGAGAAAAUCAGGCACUAAACUAUAUAGUUUGUGGAAGACAAUCGAGAAUGGCCUUGAAUUAUUCUCAUCGGCCCAUCUUCCCUGCUCAUAUAGCAGAGGAUAAUUUGGUUUCUCCGUUGAGGAUUGUUAAUGGGUAUCUUGUUGAGGGUGUUCCUGAGAGGAGUUACGAAGGUUUUGCUAGGCCACAGCAUGGAAGACGUGAAAUUGAGGAGUUCAUUGAUCGGGCGAGGGAUGGAAUUGAUGGUUGUAACUCACGGGAAUCAGGUUCUGAGGAUAUUGUCGAUCUUCUGCCUUCUGAUCCAUUUGGAAUGGACAUCAGCACCACUUUCACGGCCAUCACUGGUUGGCUUGAGGAUCUUGAGGUGGAUUAUAGAGGUUGUGGGACGAAGAACAAUAAUAUUGGUGUGGGCAACGAGGAUUACGGGUUAUUUGCAGGUUUUAGUAUUUUAUGGAAAAGUGCAAUGAGGCUGCAGUCGAUUCCUGGCAAUGCUCAGACUAAUUGGAAUAUGAAAACGGCUGGCAAGAUAGAUCAGUAUUCUGAGGCGAGAGAUGUGGGGCAUGCAUCAGCCCAAUCCAGUUGUGAGCCUGCCAACCUCGAGGGGAACAUAAAAAAUGUGGGUGCCAUUACAUGUUCUCUUGAAAUUGAGGAGGAAUCUGAGGAUUCUGUGUGGAGUUCUGUUUAUGAUGAUGGAUCUCCUCAUGAAGCAUUGUACUAUGCUCUUGGUUAUUUGGGAGUUAAAGAUCUGCUAUUAGCGGAAAGGGUUUGUAGGUCCCUUUGUCAUACAGUUCGAAAUGAUCCCCUAUUGUGGAGGAGUAUCCACAUUGAGCAGCCCUUGAAUGAGAAGAUAACUGAUGAUGUUCUUUUCGAAUUGACUAGCAGGGCACAAGGUAACUUGGAAUGCCUGACUUUGGUGGAGUGUCCAAGGAUCACUGAUGGUGGUCUAAGGCGAGUGCUUGAAUCUAAUCCACGGUUGAAUAAGUUAUGUGUUCCUGGGUGUACACGAUUGAGCAUUGAGGGGAUUGUUAAUAUUUUGAAAUCCUUCAACCCUCACAAUGGUUCCCUGGGUAUAAAGUACCUGCGGAUUGGUGGGCUUUAUGGUGUAACGCAUGAACAUGUUGAAGAUCUGAAGAUCCUGUUGGGUGUGGAUAAAAAAGUACAAGAAAAUAUUUGCAAGCCACAUUUUUACUUGAGGGGAAAAUUUUAUGUCUUGUGCGAUGAUGAUCGUGCGCUUGAUGUUGAAGUAUGUCCUAUAUGCCAAAAGUUGAGGCUGGUCUAUGAUUGCCCAUCUGAGGGUUGUCAGGUGAAAGAUCAAAAUGCUCAAUUAUGCAGGGCAUGUGCGCUUUGUAUUCCUCGCUGUGCUCAGUGUGGUAGGUGUAUCAAUGAUGGUGAAUAUGAAGAGACAUUUUGUCUGGACAAUGUUUGUUCAGAUUGUUUUCAAAAUCUAUCCAAGGACCAUGACAAGCAAGAUAGAAAGCUUGGUUCCAACACAAGUUGAGCAAAAUAAGAAUUUCAGUUACCAAGGUUGAAGAUGAUGCUGGUAUGAUGGAGAAAUGAAGGGAUUAUGUUGAUGAUACUAGUAUGAUGGGGAAAUGAAGGGAUUAUGCUGAUGAUAGUAUGCUACUUUCCCUACAUGUUUAGCUGCAAAAAUAUAUUUCCACUUGAUGUGUUUGCGCCUAUGAUUGAUGAAGUGAUUCUUGUUGAAGGUCCUAUUAUUGUGCUCAGACGCAGACACUUGUUCUUAGGAGACUUUGCUUAUGGUUACCUGAACCUUUUCUGUUCCUUGAGCUCAUGGUUCUGACCAAUGGUUCGAAUGCUUGCACUGUAUGAGUUUAGCGGUGGUUUUGACUAUAUUAGUGUCUAUGGACAUAAUAUUUAAGUAUAUAUGCACAACAUGACCGUGAAUUCAGUGAUGGCACUGUAAUAUUUUAAUUUCUUGUUUCUGUGAGCCUUUAUAACUUUUGAGCGUAAAUGAGAUAUUAUUCAAGGAUUUAAUUGUGACUUAA